UAAAAUAGAUUUUAAAUCCCCUAUUUAAACCCUGUUUUGAGCUCAAACUACGUUAAAAACAGACUGAAAAUCAUUCCAAUGUUAUGAAGUAGGUUUUAACUAUACUUGAAAUACAUUACAAACAAGAAGCGAAAUUUUGGAUUUUGUACAAAAUAGCACAAAAAUACCCUAUAGUGACUUCAAAAUACUGUUUAAAUCGUCAAAAUACGUUCAAAACAGUUUAAAAUCAGUUUAAAAAUACAGCUGUUUUGGUAAGCUAUAGCUUACUUACAUGUAGUACGAGUAUUUCCGCUCUCGCUCGCCUCCAACUUGACACUCGCACGAUCAACCUGUUACUGUCCAGAAGAAAAUUCAGGUCCUUCAACUUUGUGAACACACUUGUGGUAGACUGCACUUACUUGACGCGGACAGUUUGUCAGGAAUACCGUAUUUUCUUUUAUUUUUUAAAGAAAUACUAAGCGGGCAUGAUAAAAGUAGUGUUAAAACUAGUCUAGAUCCUCUGCAAAGUGUUGCUUAUAGAAAAUAACUGAAAAUCGGAGACACUUCUUAAGUGCAACGCUACAGCUGCAACUAUCAGUUUUUGUUUAGUUCUAAUUAACUGUACUAGUAUUCAUCUGACUAAGAUGGAUUUUAAGGAACAAUUAACAAGGGAUAUUUGAAAAAAAUUAAGAAAAUGUAUAGUGACUACUUGCUUCCGAAUGGCCCAUUCCCCCUUAGCUAUGAGAUGCGCCUGCAGGUAACCAUGGUAGUUGCUUUCAUCAAAACAAUGAUCCAGUCCUAGAUGAUGAAUACAACUAUCAUGAUUCCCUGCACGCACAUCUGGGAACUGGCCAUUCAGGGUUUAUUUUCAAGGCGUUUGAAGGACUAUAUGCACGACGAAAUUUGUUGAGCUACAACAUACAGGAAAGAGAAAAAUUCUGUCUUCUGCGUAAUUACCCUUCCGGCACGAUAACCAGAGAACAUUUCGAAUAGAGCUACUAGUAUCAGUAUCAACAAAUUUCUUUUAACUUGCGUGGUGUAAUUAAUGCAACUGCACUGCCAUGUCAGCUUUUUAACUGCAGAUGAUAAACGUUAUUAAAACAUUGCUGUCGGUAAAAGUGUAUUUUGUUGUCAUUGACAGCGAGGGAAACGGUCAGACCCGAUAAUGGCGGCUACACAACCUUAUCUUCAGUCGAUAUUUUCGUUUAUCCCAAUAACAUUACAUCUUCAGUCGAGAUUGCUCCACCGUUCCCUGGCCGCCGUUUCGAUAUCACGCGAUAAAAUGAUGAGAGCAGUUGGUCCCAUUUGGUUGCAAAUCUUACAGACUUCUUAUUCUGUUUAAAAUUACAAAGUGCAUAUCUGUAUUGGGGUUUCAGCGGACUCGUGAUCACUGGAUCCAUUCUUAAUGAAUUUUACCUUUGACAUUAUAAUCAGAUGGUUUGAUAAAUUUUAAAGCAAAAAAUAUAUUUUUCUCUGAUUUUCUCUGAUUUUCUCUGGCGUUAUUUUCGAGAGCCUUUUUGGAAAAUUCAGUAGGCGCUGGAAAAUUGAUGGCGACUGGUAAAAUUGCGCAUCCAAACAUGACAGGAAAAUAUGUAACUUCUGAGGUUUCGCCGCAUGAAAAACAGCUUUCGUUUGGAAGGCUGCGAAAACAACCACGGUAGACGCUGGGCUCAACGAAUGCUGUGCUGCUUCUAUGCAGCCCAAUCACGAAUUGGAACAAGCCUUUUAAGGCACGACUCAUUUUCCUGAGGAUGUUUCACUCCAGUUUGACUAGUUAUAUAGCAUCGUGCAUGAACGGGGCUUGCUAAUAACCAAGUAGGGCAAUUUGAUAUGGCAACUUGUAGAGGUCAUCAGGAUCAUCCCGACUCUUGUCCAGUAAGUCCGUAAAAGGAUGCCUACGGUUCCGAUUCAUUUUCGAACAGCCGAUAAAAAGCGAUGAGUCUGUAUGAAAUAUUUUUCGUGUGUGGCGAUCGGUCGAUCGAGGAAGAAAAGAGCGAAACAGUCGAAUUAUUUCAGUGAAAGGUAAGUGACUAUUAACGUGACACAUUGUCACGCUUGAAGAAUCACGCGGAAAUACAUCUCCUUCGCAGGCUAACUACAUUGAGUGAUACGUUUUUGUAUGGAUAUGUAGUUUUCAUCGUUACCCACUAGCUUAUUGAAGUUUGCUAGUCGCUCUCAGCUCUUAGUUUGAAAGUAUCACAAGACAGUUGUCCCUUGCUGUAGAGGUCGUCCCUUGUUUUAGUAUUAAACGAAUCAUGCAUUACAAAUUUCCAAACAUUUAGAGUCAUCAUUUUAUCUACGGUGAAAAUUAAUGUCAUAAUAAACAUAUAUGCCACUUACGCUGUCCUUUAAAAAUUCGAUAAGACAAAAGGCAAGAGAGGAUUCUUGGCCUGUCCCUCGUGGCAUUCAAUGAUCACAGGCCAGCGCUGAUCUCGUUAAACACUUUUAAUGCAUGUACGCGGUGUCUAUGGAAACCCAAAUAAGUUCAUAGUUCACAAGUUUCCCAUAAAAUAAACUUUUCGUAUAGUUUAGGUUUGAUAUCUUAAACAAUUUAUUCCAAGUUUUUAUACCUCAACGUGGGAUGUUAAAUUACGCCGCAAUUUUUAAAGUGUAAUUAUGAAACAUUACCUUCAGAAAGGCUAUUUACUCGGGUAAGGGAACUCCAAAGAGAAGGUAUACAAUGAAAAAAAAUAGGAUGGACGGUUUGGAUUGACUAACAUUUACGUGCGCAGGAUACGAACGACAAACCUGGGCUGUGUGUGAACUGCUCAUCAUAUUAGGGGGAUUGGAAGAAAAGCGAAAGAAAGUGAUAGUAACGUUUUUUUUUUUUGCCUUGCGCUAGAAAUCUGUCAUCGGAGUACAAAGCCAAGUACAAUUCCAACUUUUCCGUUUUGCAAUAGCUAUGAAAAUGGGUUAAAACAUUCAAAGACGCUGUAGUGACGUGCUUGGGCUGAGCAGGCAGAUUUUGGAAAACUUGAGCUAAACCGAUAGAGAUCACAGCGGUAGCUAUUAGCACCUUCAGUGCAAGGCAAAAGUGGUGUUUUUUGGCAGCAAAUGGGACUAAACUUUGUCAAAGUGCGAAUUAUGCCAUAGACUUCCUGUAAUGAAAAAAUAUAUAUUCCAUUCGUGUGCAUAGCAUUGAGCAUCUUUGAUGCAUGAGUACUCGCGGAAGUCGAUUGAAUUUGUCGCACUUUGUUCACCAAAUCGUCGAUAUUUCAAAGAAACCGUCGCUUUUAAUUUAUAUAUACAUAUAUCAAGAAUUGAUUUGCGUACAUGAUAGCGUCAUAGCCAUUUGAAAGGGAUGUCCAAGUUUUUCAAAGUCCUCGGCAACUACAUUGUAAUAUAGCAAACAUUCUACGAUGGGCCUUUAGCUUCCUUGCUUCAAGCUAUUUUUUCCACGUUGAUUUCCUUUCAGUCAUUACUGAUAAUACUGGUAAAUACUUUGCAAGAACUUAAAUUUCUAAAUCGUCGUUUCGUCGGUCGUCGCGACUUCGAUUUCAUCGGAAAUACCCAUACAGAGGCCUAGCAUUGGUAAUCAUAAUAAAUUCCAUGAGGUCCAUAUCGCGCCAGUUUUCGUAGAGGACAAGCCUAAGCUUACUGCUGUCUCAGUUACGUAAUUAGUAUUUGUCGUUGCCAAUACUUCCAAAAUGUUGUCUAAGCUUGGCAAGGCCACUCAUAUUUUACCCGAUGAUGAAUACUAGCAAGUUUUAUAUUGUUAUUUUUGAAGGGAAAGUGUUUAAGGAGCAGAAUUCUAGUUAACGGACUAUAGCUACAGACGACUUUGUUGUACUGUUCGUUCGCCGGCGUGAAACGGAAGUGAAAGGCAUCACUAUCAGACGACUUCAUUACUGCUGCAGUAAGCAGUUCACCGUUCUGUCCUACUUUUCUUUUAUCUGAUUCUCCCAUAUUUACUGAAAUACAUGUAUGGUAGGAUGGUACAAUCAAAUAUUGUAAUAAAGUAGGGCAGAAACUGCUUACAGUUUCAUGAGGUCGUCUGUAUGACUGAUUGUUUUCGAAACUCAGACUAUUAUCUUACUAAAUCAUGAAAACUUCGAGAAAGUUUUCAUGAUUUCGUACGAUACUAGAAAGACCAGGAGAAUCUUCAAAGUAUAUGGCGUACGUAGUGAGGGUCUCACGAAAACAAUCAGUCAUACGCCUGCAAAUAGAAAAGUGGUUUGCACAGGAUGCCUGUUAAAAUAUAAAUUUAAAAUAGGGAUAUUCCCAGAAUCCCGGUAAACAGAUUCCGGCGUCAUGUAUGUAGUAAUAGGCGCUUUCAAAAGGAUCUAACCACAAAGCAAAAGGAUUGUGGAAGUGCAAAGUGCUGCCGUACCAUUAUUUGAGGUGAGUUAAGCACACUUAAAGUGCAUUCAAAAUAAGUGUUUGCAGUUCAAUAUCUAAAAUUUUCUACCACGUCAACGAUUUUGCCAACAAAAUUAAGGGAGAAGCCGGAUUACGGUGCAUAAACUGAACAAUCGUGAAAUGUUACCUUUCCAUGCAUGCGCUAUUCCUUUUUAUUUUGCACAAGUGUUGAACUUAGAAUGUUCUGAGCUGCGUGGAAACACGACUGAUGAAAUGGAAUACCCUUACAGUGUAUUGCAUUGCAACCUCUAAAUUGGCCCUCUACUCGAAAUUGGCCAUCGCUACAGAGCUAAUAAUGCCACGGUUUACCUACAAACUCAGAGGUGGACAGAAGCACAGACCGGAAGUGAAAAUUGACAGUAGACAAGAGAGAUAAUUCUUUGUCUUGUAGUACAUGUGGUAUGUUUAUGUCAUUCAAAAGAACUCGACUAAAAUCGUUUCCUUUGAGAUUCUGAGAUAUAAGAUGUACGUUCAGAAAUUACGUACUGGUAGAAAAUUUUAUAUUGCGCUCUGUACAGUAUAGGGUUUAAGUUUCCGGUCUUCUUCCUGCUUCUUGUCGAUCGGGGUUUACCCGGAUAUGAAAGGAAAAUUCAACACUAAUCCACCGGACGUCGUUGUCCCUCCUGUUUUGAAAGUAACAUUCUUAAUCUACCAUAUGCAAAGGUAUACUGAGAGGAAGUGCUCUGUAUUGUGCAUGUGAAACCGAGCACAAAAGGCAAAUAUCUGAUGUGGGAAACGCGAUCGGGUCAGAAACCAAAACUUCUGUCAAUAGGGCUUUUCCUAAAUACAUUUAGGAGUAGCUUUCGUUUUUAGUUCAAACAACAACUUUAUUUUGUAAUGUUGGCCUUCACUACCAUAAUGAGAUUGUUGAUUCCACCAACAUAAUAUUUGGAACAGAACCCCGUAACCAAUUAUAAAUAGCUGGGAUUGCUCUAGUAAGACAGCUGAUAUCUCAUAACCAUGGCCAGCUCUUGAAAUAAGGUGGCUUGAAAAUGGUGUCUUUUUAAGCGCCAAAACUUCUCGAUCACUUCCUAGUUGAACCUAAUAUACUGUCGAGUAGUUAUUAAUAUAAGUCGUCGAAGUAUUCCAAACUUGGGUAGCUUGACAGCAUCACAUCGACUGCCCCUUCGUUCUGUGCUAUUCUUAUUCAUUUUGUUCUGCAUAUAGUCGGCUUCCAGCCUUUCACCUCCUUCCGCCCAUCCAAAUAAUGCGAGGCCGGGAAUGCACCGUUAUAUUUUUAUAGACUUUUAUAGAAACGUGACAAUACCCCUAAAGGCUCAAAAAGGAAUUAUUACCAUAACAAUAUAAAACGAAAUUUCAGUUUGUCUCCGCUAUAAAUUUGCACAUGCGAAGUACUGAAGUUUAACGAAAGGACUUCGUUUUGAUCUGUGUAGGAAAGUCAUGGGCUAUCAACUAGCAGAAGCUGACAGAGACAAGACUGAUCCCAAACACUUAUGCACCAAGUGCAACAGUGUGUUAAAGGAACCAGUUCAGACAACGUGUGGGCAUCGCUAUUGCAAAGAGUGUAUCAACUCUAUUCUAAGUCAGAAACCAUCAGAGAGUGAAUGCGUUGCUGAUGGAACCAUCCUCACGAAAGAAGAAGUUUUCCCGGAUAAAUUUGUUGAACGUGAGAUCCUUUUACUGGAACUUCAUUGUUCUCGUCUUGAUAAAGGCUGCCAAUGGAAAGGAAAGUUAAAGCAUCGUCAGGACCACGAGAAUGUCUGUGAAUUUGGAGAAAUCCAUUGCGUUCAUCCCAAAUGUGGAAUUUUGGUGCAAAGAUCCGAGCUGGCUAAUCAUCUUGAAAACAGCUGCAGCUACAGGGAAGAGUUGUGCACUUACUGUGAAAAAAGGAUCGUGUUCGUUGAUAUGACGGCUCAUCACCAGACUGAUUGCCCUCAAUUUCCAGAGCGCUGUCCGGAAUGUGGGAAACAAGAUAUUCCCCGGAGUCAGAUAUCUACUCACUUGGAUCCAGCUGUAGGUGAUUGUGAAGAAAUCAAAACAUUGUGUCCAUUUAAGACAGUUGGAUGUAAAGAAACUAAGGCGAUGGCUCUAGAUGAAAGAGUGAAUCACCUUAAGGAGUGCACGCCAGAACACUUGACUUGUAUACUGCAACACGUAAAAGAGCUAUCCUUGCUCGUUAACAACACCUUGCAUCUUACGUCACUAAACAAAACUAAUGGCUCAGUUAAUCCAAUAGAAAAGCAACUCGAGCAGUCGAUGAAGCAAAUUGGAGCGGUUUUGGUGGAAACAAAGAGCCUGAAAUCAGAAGUAGAUCAACAAGAUUCUCGAAUCAAAUCUCUGGAGACCGUUAAAGACCAGUCUACUUUGCCUGUUAGCUCAAGCUGUAGUCAGAAAAAUGAGCUGCAAGAAGCGACGAGAAGAAUGCAUAAUCAAGAGGCCAAACUUGCUGAUCUUGAGGUAUUUGUGAUAGAAGGAAACAAAGUUAAUGAGGAUCUGGAGCGUCAGGUGAACCUGCUAAAGAGAGAGCAAGAAGGUUACAAGGAAACGAUUCGAAAAUUACAGCGGCAUGUCGAAUCUUUGGAGCACACAUUGAGCAUGCGUAAUGUGGUGUUAGCUGACUUGGAGGAGCAGGUUAAACAGAAGGAAAUCUCCAAUUAUAAUGGUGUUUUGCUUUGGAAAAUCUCCGACUUCGCUCGAAAGAAGCAAGAAGCAGUCACAGGAAAGCAAGUUUCCCUUUACAGCCCGUGUUUCUACUCCAGCAGUUAUGGAUACAAGAUGUGCGUGCGCCUGUAUUUGAACGGAGAUGGCAUGGGCCGAGGAACACACAUCUCAGUGUUCUUUGUCGUCAUGCGCGGUCAGUAUGACGCGUUACUCCGCUGGCCAUUCAGACAGAAGGUCACGUUCAUGUUGCUGGAUCAGGAUAACGUAGAGCACGUGAUCGACGCCUUUAGACCUGAUCCAAGCAGCAAUUCGUUUCAAAGACCAAAAAGAGAAAUGAAUAUCGCCAGUGGCUGCCCUACCUUCUGCCCUCUGUCGGAGUUGAGCAAUUACGCAUAUGUCCGGGAUGACACUAUGUUUCUCAAGAUCAUGAUUGAUACCGCAGACAUUUGAUAUUUUCUAGGAAUUAAAAAAGGACAUUGCAGUAAAAUAAAUACCAUAUUGCGAUACGAUACUGCAGAACUCUCAUAGCGAAAAGAAGAUAGAAUUUGAACAAUACGCCACCCCAUCAAUGAAAAUAUGUAGGAACUGGGAAAAUAACAUAAAACAUAAAAAUAACAUAAAACUAGCUUCAAGUAGGUAGAACAUAUUUAUAAAGCAAGGUGUAUCUAAACAUGCAGAAUUGUGUGAAUUUUGCAUAUAAAUUAGCAAGAGGGGCAACAGACAAGGAAGGAAGUGGAUUUUGAACAAGGAGAGUUGUGUCUGUAAUAAUUACUGCCAGGAGCCAAUGCUCCUGUUAGUGCAUAUUCAAACUAUAAACUUGUGCAUGCAUGAAUGAUUGUAUAUGCGGGAGUAAGUUCAUAUGUAUACGAAAAUAUCAUGUCAUGGAAAUUAAAUGUUAAAAAUUGUAUUAAGGUAUGUGUUGCUGUUUCCAUUUUUGUCUGGCAAUCACGCUUUUUACCACGGUCUUAUUACUAGUUAUAAUAGGUCGGCCAACUUCUGUCGAUCCUCAAGUUAUGAGACCAGUUUCAUACUGAUUCUCUUUGUCGAUUAUCAGUUGUAAUAACAGAGCUAGUUGUAAUAUGUGUUAGUAUAGAACCUU